UCCAACCCCUCCCGGCUGCUGUUCAGAUAUGCUUCCUACUCCCUGCCCACUCUCCUCAGAUUCCAUACACUAUGCAGUACCGUAAUUGUGUCCAGGACGGUUGAGCUAACCCUUCAAUGCGCCGGGGGAAGUUGUUAUGGCGUCAUGGGUUAUUCCGCUUCGCGAUGCGCCCGCUCCGGCGCACGCUGGUUAUAUCGCCUGGGUCGGCCUUCUUUCGUGGCCGGGAAUGCCGUGCGGACUUUGGUUUUGCUUGCGCUUGCAUCCGCUUGGCAUCUGCUAGAGCCUGUGCAGCAUGGGCUUGGAGGAAGGACAGUGUGUCGGUGACGAACUGCGCGUGGCCAAGGACGGUCGUGGUGCGGAUGGGCGUGAUGACGUUGAAGGGGAUCUUCGAUUCAACCAAUGCGAGAACGAAGUCCAGUUUUCUAUCCUCCAUGCGCUGCUCGAGCUCCGCCGUCUGCUGCUGGAGCCGGCGCGCAACUUCGGCUUCCACUUCCUUCACGCCCCGCGCGCCCGCCUCCCGAUACGCCGCCACGAUGAGCUCUUCAAGAUCCUCCCGCGCCAUCAACGGCACGGACCUUCGGUUGUAUCGCUUAUCCCACUGGUCGACGUACGUCUCAGCGAGCGGCCAGGUGUGUGCGAAGCUUGUGACCGGUUGCGUGCCGGCAGACGUCUUCAGAUUCUCGCUCGGAUCAAGUGCGGCAGGCGACGAUAGGGGAGAGAAGGACGGACUGGGAGGCAAGCGGUCGAGGGAGCUGGUGCCGUCCAUGAUAGGCGAGGUGUUGCGUGCAGUG